AUGCCCCAGGCCGGGCUGCACAGCUGCUGGCGCGGCCGGCUUCUGCCGCUGCUGGCGGCCUACCUCUGCUACCUGCUGCUGGGGGCCACGGUGUUCCAGUUCCUGGAGAAGCAAGCAGAGGCUCAGUCCAGGGAUGAGUUUCAGCUGGAGAAGCUGCGGUUUCUGGAGAACUACACCUGCCUGGACCAGAGGGCCCUGGAGCGGUUUGUGAGGGUCAUCAUGGAAGCCUGGGUGAAAGGCGUGAACCCCAAAGGUAACUCCACCAACCCCAGCAACUGGGACUUCGGCAGCAGCUUCUUCUUCGCGGGCACAGUGGUCACCACCAUAGGGUACGGGAACCUGGCACCCAGCACGGAAGCAGGGCAGAUCUUCUGCGUCUUCUAUGCCCUGGUGGGCAUCCCUCUCAACGUGAUCUUCCUCAACCACCUGGGCACGGGGCUGCGUGCCCACCUGGCCACCCUGGAGCGGUGGGAGGACCAACCCAGACGCUCCCAGCUCCUGCAGGUGCUGGGACUGGCUGUGUUCUUGACCUUGGGGACACUGGCCAUCCUCAUCCUCCCCCCUGCGCUCUUCAGCCACGUGGAGGGCUGGAGCUUCCGAGAGGGCCUCUACUUCGCCUUCAUCACGCUGAGCACCAUAGGCUUCGGGGACUACGUUGUGGGCACAGACCCCAGCAAGCAUUACCUCUCGGUCUACCGGAGCCUGGCGGCUGUCUGGAUCCUCCUGGGACUGGCGUGGCUGGCGCUGGUGCUCUCGCUCGGCCCACUGCUUCUGCACAGGUGUUCCCAGCUGUGGACUUUCUCCAGGGGCCUUGGCUUCAAGGACGGAGCAGCGCCUGACCCUGAGAGCCCCCCCAGACCUCAGAAGAUCCCUAUCUCAGACUGA